AUGCCGUCGCAAGGCUCAGAAAGCCUACAUGGAUCAAUCUUUAUUGAAGAAGCCAUGCAAUCUGCAUUGCCAGCAAGUCACGAUAUCAUUUUCAACCCACCCUCUUCCGGUUCAAGUGGUCGGUCCCCACUUAAACCUUUUCGCCAAUUGAGCACCUCCCCUCCCAAGGCCAACAUCACCAACCUCAACGUUUCCUUUCCUCCCCCUCGACCUUCAGCUUUCAGAACGGAUUCACCCUCGAAGAAGCCAACAUUCAGUAUGUACUUUGCACCGAAGAAUCCUCUCCGGCCGAUGUUCAAUGCAUUUCCUGCUUGUAGCGCAGCCGAUAAAGAAAAUAGGGCUCCUUUCCUACACAAUGAAAACAUAGCCGAGUUUCCUGACCCCGCUUGUGGCCUUCAGCCAACAUUAAAGAGAUCAUUUCCAAUCACGGGAACGCCACAUCAGCAUAGUGUGAAGAAGGCGCGGGCAGAGGACCUACAGUCCGAGCUACCAGAUCCAAAAAGUCUGCCAAUCGUAGAAGAUGAUGGCUGUAAACCUCAGUAUAGCUAUGCUUCUCUUAUCGGCAUGGCAAUAUUGCGGUCUCCUGAGCGCAAGUUGACUCUGGCUCACAUAUACAAGUGGAUCGCAAACUCCUUUGCUCACUAUCGAAGGGCAACCGAUGGCGGCUGGCAAAAUAGCAUUCGUCACAACUUGAGCCUAAACAAGGCCUUCAUCAAGAAAGACCGGCCCAAAGAGGAUCCUGGGAAGGGUCACUACUGGGCUAUCAAGCCUGGGUGGGAGUCCCAAUUCAUCAAUAAGGAGAAAGGAGGUCGGCGGCCAGCUUCAUCAUCUGGUGCUAGCCAGAAGAGUCUCUCCCAGCAACCAUCUAGCGAAGCCUGUACUUCAGGCCCUCAGCUACCGGCUUUGUCAAAGCCGAAUGCUGAAGCAAAGACUCAGACUAAAGAGCCUUCUUCGGAUGCGACUGUCCCAGCCUCAGAUGCGCCUUCUUCGUCAGAUGAGGAGGCACAUAUCCUGACGCUUUCCGAGGCCGCAAGGCCUCAAUCGUCCCCUUUACAGGAGAUAUGCUCGUCGCCGCCACUGCUUCCAGAGAUCCGAGAGGAUACCCCCUCCCCUGGACUUGACCUUGAUCUUUCUUCCUUUUCGAAACCCCGGGCGCGCAAACGUAAACACGCAGACAUGGAUGACAGUGGAUAUUUUUCUUCUCUAGACUCGUCUGCGCUACGCCCUCACCCUGAGCCCAAACUUCCUAGGCUUGACCUUAGUCGUCAAAAAGUCAAGCGAGGACGUGCUGAAGAGGAAAUCGCCCGCAUGCGUUCCUCUUCCCAUGAUAUCAGCCCAAAUAGGGUCCGAUCAUUCAUGAAGCAGGCCACCCCCUCACUUGUCUCUUCAUCGCCAUUGAGAUCUUUAGACACUGCCUUGAUGCCACCUCCUCUUACACCAGCUGCGAAAUUGAAGUUUCCAUUGAAACCUGCACCAUCAGUAUCUCCCAACACUAAUUUGCGCAUGCAUCGCAACAAGAUUAGGGAUCUUAUUGGUUCACCUCAGAAGCAUGCCAUGGGCGACAAUUUCUAUAGCCCUGCUUUCAAAAUUGCGGAGGACAACCAACCUGGCUCGGACCAAAGUCUUGAUGCUGGAUUCAGUAUUUUCAACGAUAUCGAUGAUGACAUGGCGCAACGACCACCCAUGAAUUCACAACAAAAGCAUUCCAUUCGACGAUCUGAUCAAGCCUGUAGAUCUUCCAACAUCCUCGCAGACAUCACUGGCACAAGCAUCAACAGAGUUUCACCACCUUGCUUAAGGUUACCAGACUACGAAUCACCUCUCAAACAGAAGUCCAAUAGGUCCCCACUUCGCUUUGGCAGCACAGUUGAAGACUUCCCACAAGAGGAUCUCUAUAUCAAUUUUUCAGAUGACGAGGAGCCUGACGAUUUUGGGGGGUUUGAUAUUCUACAAGGAUUUUCCAAAAUCGGCAGUAACAAACCAUCUAACGCAAUCCAAAAGACGUCCCGACCGGCGCUAGGGGCCAGGAGUCACACAAGAAAGUUUUAG